CUGUCUUGUGGAGAAGGCCGGCUCCCAGGACUACAUUUCCCGGCGCGCCCCCCCUUAGCCCGCGGUGCCGGGGCGCGGCAGCCAUUUUGUUCCGCCGGAGAAGCCCCUAAGAUGGCGGCGGGGGAGACGGUGAAGGUUGCCGCCCGCCCCUCCGGGCGUUAGCCCGCGCCCUCCGCGUCCCCCGGCGGCCAGCUCAUGGCCUGGCGGAAGCCCGGACCAUGGACCUCCGCACCGCCGUGUACAACGCCGCCCGCGACGGCAAGCUGCAGCUGCUUCAGAAGCUGCUCAGCGGCCGGAGCCGGGAGGAGCUGGACGAGCUGACGGGUGAGGUGGCCGGCGGGGGGACGCCGCUGCUCAUCGCCGCCCGCUACGGCCACCUGGACGUGGUCGAGUACCUGGUGGACCGGUGCGGCGCGAGCGUGGAGGCGGGCGGCUCGGUGCACUUCGACGGCGAGACCAUCGAGGGCGCGCCGCCGCUGUGGGCCGCCUCGGCCGCCGGCCACCUGGACGUGGUGCGCAGCCUGCUGCGGCGCGGGGCGUCGGUGAACCGCACCACGCGCACCAACUCGACGCCGCUGCGCGCCGCCUGCUUCGACGGGCACCUGGAGGUGGUGCGCUACCUGGUGGGCGAGCACCAGGCCGACCUGGAGGUGGCCAACCGGCACGGCCACACAUGCCUCAUGAUCUCCUGUUACAAGGGCCACCGCGAGAUCGCCCGCUACCUGCUGGAGCAGGGCGCCCAGGUGAACCGGCGCAGCGCCAAGGGCAACACGGCGCUGCACGACUGCGCCGAGUCCGGCAGCCUGGAGAUCCUGCAGCUGCUGCUCGGCUGCAACGCCCGCAUGGAGCGCGACGGCUACGGCAUGACCCCGCUGCUGGCGGCCAGCGUCACGGGCCACACCAACAUCGUGGAGUACCUCAUCCAGGAGCAGCCUGCCGGCGCCGAGGGCCCCUCCGCCGGCCCGGGGUGCGUGCAGCCCCAGGGCGCCCGCUGCCGCAGCAGCUGCCCCGAGGAGGAGCCGCCGGGCGAGGCUUACGAGAGCUGCUGCCCCACGAGCCGGGAGGCCGCCGUGGAAGCCCUCGAGCUUCUGGGAGCCACGUACGUGGAUAAGAAGCGCGAUCUGCUCGGGGCCCUGAAACACUGGAGGCGGGCCAUGGAGCUGCGGCACCAGGGCGGCGCGUACCUGCCCAAACCGGAGCCCCCGCAGCUGGUCCUGGCCUACGACUAUUCCAGGGAGGUGAACACCACCGAGGAGCUGGAAGCGCUCAUAACCGACCCGGAUGAGAUGCGCAUGCAGGCCCUGUUGAUCCGAGAGCGCAUCCUGGGCCCGUCUCACCCGGACACCUCCUACUACAUCCGUUACAGGGGCGCGGUGUACGCCGACUCGGGCAAUUUCGAGCGCUGCAUCCGCCUCUGGAAGUAUGCCUUGGACAUGCAGCAGAGCAACCUGGAGCCUCUGAGCCCCAUGACCGCCAGCAGCUUCCUCUCCUUCGCCGAACUCUUCUCUUACGUGCUCCAGGACCGGGCGGCCAAGGGCAGCCUGGGCACGCAGAUCGGCUUUGCAGACCUAAUGGGGGUGCUCUGCAAGGGAGUGCGGGAGGUGGAGCGGGCCCUGCAGCUGCCCAAGGAGCCCGGGGACUCGGCCCAGUUCACCAAGGCCCUGGCCAUCAUCCUCCACCUGCUGUAUCUGCUGGAGAAAGUGGAGUGCACACCCGACCAGGAGCGCCUGAAGCACCAGACCGUCUACCGGCUGCUGAAGUGCGCCCCCCGCGGCAAGAACGGCUUCACCCCUUUGCACAUGGCCGUGGACAAGGACACCACGAACGUCGGCCGCUACCCGGUGGGCAGGUUCCCCUCCCUCCAGGUGGUCAAGGUGCUGCUCGACUGCGGGGCCGACCCUGACAGCAGGGACUUUGACAACAACACCCCGCUGCACAUAGCGGCCCAGAACAAUUGCCCGGGGAUCAUGAACGCCCUGAUCGAGGCGGGGGCCCACAUGGACGCCACCAAUGCCUUCAAGAAGACCGCCUACGAGCUGCUGGAUGAGAAGCUGCUGGCCAAGAGCACCAUUCAGCCCUUCAACUACGUAACCCUGCAGUGCCUUGCAGCCCGCGCCCUGGACAAAAACAAGAUCCCGUACAAGGGCUUCAUCCCCGAGGAGCUGGAGGCUUUCAUUGAGCUUCACUGAGGGGGUCCUGAGAGCGGAGAAACCGGGAAGGGCGCAGCCCACACUCGUCUCCCCCCACCCCCUCUCGGAGCCCUCAGCGUGAAACAGACGGGCUCUCCAACCUCCAGAGCCGCUGUCGCCUCUGCUCUGCCAAGUGGGGAGAGGAAUCAGCAAGUCGUUGGUGCUCGAAGCCUCCCGCAUCCCGUAAUCGAAGACCAGUUCUUCUUCAGGAGCCCCAGAGCCCGUCUUUGAUAGGGAGAAGAUGUACGCGCGUCCACACAUCCCGUCUGCCAGGGUUUUGGAGGAUUGCUUGCUUUCUUGCCUCGGGGCAGAAGGGUCGAAGCUUUUGCCUUUUUUCCGAGAAUCAGGAAGAAGCUGAGAAUCGGGGCCACGCUUGUUCGUCCGCACGUGGCGAGCGCAGCGCUCGGACGGGGGCGCGCCCGGCGUGGAAAGUCGGAGAAGCAGGGCCGACUCUCAGCUCUUCCAGCGUGCUUGCUUCCUGCUCGCUGCGCGCGGUCGCUGCCCGGGCGUGGCGCAGGCGGCCAGAAGUUGUGCUGCCGUGUUUGUUUUUUUCCCCCCCUUUUUAAGAAUUUUUGGUCAGAUGUAAUGCGCUGAUGUCAUGCGGGAAGAGUUUUGCGUGGCGGAGAUGGCAAGGCCCUGAGGAGUGAGCUCGGUGGCGUGCAGAAUCUGGUGGAAGGCCACGGCGUCGGUCCCUAAAGCCAGGCGACUGUCCAUCUUCUAGAACUUGCAUCGUUCGCCUUCUGCUUGGGCCUCCUGACUUUUCACUCAGAUUAGAAGCAUUUUUCAAACAAGGAUCGUGCCAGAUGCCGAAGGAGCUGGCGGGGCCGUCACUCUCCGCCCUGCCAAGAACCGGGAUGGGGUCACAUCUCAGUGGACACCUCGGGUGGGUCAGCCACCCGGCUGUGUGCGCAUGCGCAGUGUGGCUGUGCGCAGCCCCCACCCCCGCGGAUCUAGGGGGGGGGUUGUUGUUGUUUUUUAUCUGCCUGAAAGCCUGAACGCAGGUGUCCCUGGGCCAGUGCCCAGCUCGCUCACUGAGCUAGAGGAGGCGGCGGGUGUCCACAAGUCGCCAGCCGAGGGGACCCAAGGUCUCGGAGUCUCAUCGCUCAGGGUGCGCAUGCGCGGGCCGCCGCACUGCCGCUGCCGCCCCCGCCCCAGCAGCGGUGGGAGAGCCGGGAGCUGAAGCCGCCGGGCUCAGGAGGAGGGGCCCGGCCCGGAGAGGGAGUCCUCCCGACGCCCCUCCCGCAGCCUCCAGCCGGGUCUCGAAGCAGCUGCACGGAGGCCUCGAGAAGCCACAGCCACAGCGAGGGCCCUGGGCCUCGUUUGCAUUUGCAGUGUUAGUUAGGACGUUAUUUAUUGGCAAGGCCGGGUUUGACUUUCCGUCGAGGCGGGAAAGUGUCCCUGUCCCUUCAGAGCACGGAAUAAAGCAGUGAGGCAGUUUAAA